AUGCAAUUCCUUGAUGAUCUUAUUCUUGGUCCUAACACCCCAAGGCAUAGUGAUAAUGUACAAUUCCCAUCUAAAAUAUACAAAAAAAAACUACAAAAGGUAGCUGUUUCUGAUAACUGGUGGGAAUUUUGGUCCAAAUUUCUUGUUAAAAAUAAUGUUACAAAAUACGAAGUAUAUAAAAAUUUAAAAAAUAUAAAGCAUGAUUUACGGAUAGCAAUAUGGGAUAAAUUAAUUAAUAUUUCUAUAUUAAUAAAUAAAAUAAAUUUAGACAUUAAUAAAGAUUUUAUAGAUAGAGAUAGCAUACUUAUGAAGUGUGUAAUAUCAAGAUUUAAGAAUAGAGAUGAAGAAGAAAUAUUUUAUAUUUUAAGAGAUGUAGUGAAUACAUUCUCUUCAAUUGAUAAUUAUGUGUUAUUAACAGAUUUUAUGUAUUUAAUUGUUAAUCUUCCUAAUGCAUCUCUUGAGCAAAUAGAAAGAAUAUUAAUGGGACUUUUUCUUUAUGAGGAAUUUAGGAAUUUAUUUCAGAUAAAUUUUUGUACGCCAAUUUAUGCGCAUAAAGAGGGAAGCAGUUCUACAGAUAGAACUAGUGAAUGUAAAAAUGAUAAAAAUUUACCAAAUUAUAUUAAAAAGUUUGAAGAUAUGAUUUACAGAAGUACGAAAGAUUUAUACUACAGUAUAGAUUUAUUACUAACAACAGAUUCAAAUUAUUAUUCUAUACUUGAUAAUAAACAUACAUCUCCUGAUAAAAAAGAAAAUAUUAUUAAAACUACGUGUAGGAAAGUAGAGACAUAUUUUGAUUUUCUUAUUGUACAGAAUGAAAAUAUUAAAGCACAAGAAGCUAUUAAAAAUGAUUUACUUAAUGUAGUAAAAGAAAAUGAGGAACUUAAAAAGAAAAUUGACGAACUUAAAAAGAAAACAGAGUAA